AUGCCGCGCUCUUUCCUUGUGGACUCUCUGGUGCUGCGCGAAGCAGGCGAGAAGAAGGCGCCCGAGGGCAGUCCGCCGCCGCUCUUUCCCUACGCGGUUCCCCCGCCGCACGCGCUGCACGGUCUCUCUCCCGGCGCUUGCCACGCGCGCAAGGCCGGGCUGCUGUGCGUAUGCCCUCUCUGCGUCACGGCCUCACAGCUGCACGGGCCCCCCGGGCCGCCCGCGCUGCCGCUGCUCAAAGCAUCCUUCCCGCCCUUCGGCUCUCAGUACUGCCAUGCGCCCCUUGGCCGCCAGCACUCGGCCGUGUCGCCCGGGGUCGCUCACAGUCCGGCCGCCGCUGCAGCAGCAGCCGCGCUCUACCAGACUUCCUACCCGCUGCCGGAUCCCCGGCAGUUCCACUGCAUCUCCGUGGACAGCAGCUCGAACCAGCUGCCCAGCAGCAAGAGGAUGCGGACCGCGUUCACCAGUACGCAGCUGCUGGAGCUGGAGCGCGAAUUCGCCUCCAAUAUGUACCUGUCCCGCCUUCGCCGCAUCGAGAUCGCAACCUACCUGAAUCUGUCCGAGAAGCAGGUGAAGAUCUGGUUUCAGAACCGCCGGGUGAAGCACAAGAAGGAGGGCAAGGGCAGCAACCACCGCGGCAGCGCCGGCGGUGCGGCUGCGGGUGCCGGCGGGGGCGCACCGCAAGGCUGCAAGUGCGCGUCGCUCUCCUCAGCCAAGUGCUCAGAGGAUGACGACGAAUUGCCCAUGUCUCCGUCCUCCUCUGGGAAGGACGACCGGGAUCUUACGGUCACUCCUUAGGCAUUCGUCCCUCUAGGCCGCCCACCCCAAGACCUCCCGGCGCCUGAAAGACUAGUCUUGGGACGCAACGCUGGUUCCCAGGAACCCGCUGCCAAUCGACUGUCUCUCACGGAUUUGGCAUGGCUUUGCCAAGACCCCCAGCUCUGGGCAGAGCUGAGAACUUAGCAGAGACUCGAGGAUGGUAUCCCGGUCCCCAAGGGCGUCCAAAGCGAACUCCAGACUCAUCCUACAGCGUCAGCCCCGGCGCCAUACCGCCCUGUCCAGCGCCUUGCUGGUGGUAGGCGCCUCCUCGCCUGCCCUAUGGGCUGGCUCAGGCUUCCUCGCUUC